AUGCGUCCUGCUGUGCAAUAUCGAUAUGAAUGUCACCAAUAUGGUGGUGUAGAGGCCCUUGGUCACACUUCUCGUGACCACUACAAUUUUGUGAAUAGGCUAAAAAUGAAGGCAAUUGAAGGAGGUGAUGCACAAGUUGUCAUCGAUAAGCUUAGCCAAAGGGCUGCUGAUGAGGAUGACUUUUUUUAUGGGUUAAAUUGGAUAGCAUGGGUAUAUUUGAUAUGUGGUGCAUUUGUGGGUAUAAACAAUCAUUGGAAGAAUGUAAUGUUUGGGUGUUGCUUUUUGUCGGACGAGACAAUUGAUACAUUUGUUUGGCUCUUUGAGGUUUUCAAGAAAUGUAUGGGUGGAGUUUGUCCUGUGUUAUUAUUUACAGACCAGGAUCAGGCCAUGAGCAAUGCUUUGUCUCAGGUGUUUCCUAACACGAGGGCGAGACUAUGCCAGUGGCAUCUUUAUCAGAAUGCAGUUAGUCACUUUGGGACUUUGAAGAGUGAUGACACAUUUUCCGAUGCUUUUAAGAAAUGUCUUCGUGGUUGUUAUGAUAGUGUUGAGUUUGAGGCAAGUUGGGAUUAUAUGAUGGAGAAGUAUGGCCUAGAAGGAGACAAGUGGCUUGCUUGUUUGUAUCAGUUGAAGGAUAAGUGGUCCACAACAUUGAGUAAGGACUUCUUCUCAGCUGGAAUUUUGUCUUCCCAACGUAGUGAAAGUACUAAUAAUGCUAUAGGCUUUCAAGCUUCCAAGAUAACAAGCUUGUAUGAUUUUUUUUGUAUGUUUCAAAACACUAUUUCACGAUGGAGACAAACUGAAACCAAUGAUGAAUUUGUUGAUUCUAAAUCUGUCCCCAAAUCUUAUUUUCCUAUGACGGGUAUGUUGAGACAUGCUAGUCAAAUUUACACAGCUACAAUGCUUAGGGAUUUUGAGCAAGAAUUUGGGUAUUCUUUGGGUACUAUUUGUGAGUUGUUGACUAUGGAUGACACAAUAUUAGUUUAUAAAGUGUGGCCUCAGAAACAUCCACAACGGACACACCAAGUCACUUUUGAUUGUGUCAACACGUUUGUUAGUUGUUCUUGUAGGAAUUAUGAGGAGGUGGGGAUGUUAUGUUAUCAUUGCCUAAGGGUACUUCACAUGCACUCGGUUAGUGAGAUACCUUCAUCUUAUAUUUUAAGGCGGUGGACAAAGAUUGCCAAAACAGAAGUUUGGGACCGUUUGAAGCAACAACGGGUGAACAUGUCAUCACUAAAGAAAGAUUGCAUUCCUUGGCGAUUUCAAAUGUCUAGGGUGUAUAACAAUCUCAUCAUAAGAAGUCAUGAUAAUGAAGAGGCAAGGAAGAUAAUGGAGAAGGGUUAUAUGUGUGAUCUUGCUCAUGUGCUGACUGUUUUUGCUAAUAUUAACUUAGGUGAUUCAGAAUCAGGUGUUGGAGAAUCAACUGCAUCAAAUUCCUCUACCAUUACUGUUUUUGAUCCUCCUUGGGAUAAAACGAAAGGAAGAAGUGUGAGGCCGAAAAGUGGAAUUUAG